UCAACAACAACAAGUGGUGAGUGCUGGACUUAAUACCUAGUGCUUACGUUAGUUGUUGAAAAGAGAAAUAGUUCCACGAGAUUUAAAACUUAGUAUUUGGUACUUCAAAUUAUGUCAAAUUCGUAUAAAUAAGACGAGUUUGUUGAGCAGAAAACUUUCCAAGAGGAGAAGAUGAUUUUCCUAUACAGGUCAGCUAGUAUUUAUGUACGAAGCUGAACAUAAUCAACUGAUACUUGUCCAGUCGUAUUGUUGUCGUUUUUCAAAACAUAAGAAUGUUUACUCUAUCCUAUGAAGUAUGCUUCGAAAAUGACUGUUAUUAUAUCUAGAGGAACUAAAGUUAGUAAUUAAUGGUUUAUAAGUUCCCAUGAUCCUCUGGACUUUAUCGUUUCAUUCUCCUCUAUCCAUCGACUAAACUAAGAUGUCAGUCUGUAAACUGCUAAGCAAAGCUUUGUCAGACUAUGAGAGACCGUAUUAUGUCUUUAUCACUGCCAGAGAACAAAGUUACACAAGUAGAAUAUAAUAUUUCGAUACGCUGUUUUAUUGUAUAGAAUAAGUCUCAGCAGGCUACAGUUCGAUCCAGUCUCUUUUAGUGGUAACACAUGUGAGCCUGAAAUAAAAUUUUGUCCAAAUAUAGUAGUUUCUUAACAUAUAUCAAGUUAAUAUUUUUGAAAAAGAUACACUACCAAUAGACUGCUUUAAAUAAAUAUCUAUUCUUCGAUCUAUUGCAAUUAUGACAGUAUUCUUUGUGUCUAAUAACUUUAGCGACUGGUUGUGGACGAGUAAUCAAUUUAUCACUUACAUAUACCUACCUUCAUCCAUUUACAUUGAGAUACUUUACAUUUACUUUGUUUAGACCAGCUUAUUCUAGUUAAACUAAAGAAAUAGCCUAAUUCAAACCUAUCUGAAGGUCCCCGUUAGUUUAGUUUAAUUUAAUAAAUACAGGAUGUUUUGAUUGUUUCGUGUCGGAAACAUCUUGCCAUCAACUCGCUAUUGGCAGAUACCGAAGAGUCCAAUGAAUUGCAUAAAGGAUAAUCUCCUAUCGUUGAGGGUGUAGGUGUGGGUGAGAUAAAGAAGAUACAUCCACCCGCACGUUUUGCAAAUCCUAUACAAUUCAACGAUAAGAUUCUGUUUCGAGAUAACCCAAGAUGUAAAAAAUAACUUUUGUUUUUAAUAGCCUGCAAUCUUUUUUCUAAUCAAACUACUUAUCCAGUUGGCUCUACUCCACGAUCGGUAGCAGUCGUCGAUGUAAAUAACGACAAUAAAUCUGAUAUUAUUGUUGCAAACUAUGGUUCGAAUACUGUCGGCGUCCUUCUCAAUGCAGGCAGUGGUACCUUUCUGAACCAAACUACUUACUCAGUUGGUAUUAAUCCAAUUUCAGUAGCAGUUGUCGACGUGAAUAGUGAUAAUAAACCUGAUAUUAUUGUUGCAAACGAUGGUUCGAACAACGUCAGUGUUCUUUUCAACGUAGGCAAUGGCACCUUUCUACGGCAAACUACUUAUUCAGUUGGCAGUACCCCAGCUUCAGUAGCAGUCGUCGAUGUCAAUAACGACAAUAAACCAGAUAUUGUUGUUGCAAACCAGAAUUCGAACACCGUCGGUGUUCUUCUCAAUGCAGGCAAUGGCACCUUUCUACAUCAAGCUACUUACUCAGUUGGCACUAGUCCAAUUUCAGUAGCAGUCGUCGAUGUCAAUGGCGACAAUAAACCAGAUAUUGUUGUUGCAAACUCUGGUUCGAACAACAUCGGUGUUCUUUUCGGCGUAGGCAAUGGCACCUUUCUACAGCAAGCUACUUACUCAGCUGGCACUGACCCAUAUCCACUAGCAAUCGCUGAUGUCAAUGGCGACAAUAAACCAGAUAUUGUUGUGACAAACCUUAAUUCAAAUACUGCGGAUGUGCUUCUCAAUGCAGGCAGUGGCACGUUUCCGAACCAAGCUAUUUACUCAGUUGGUUCUUAUCCACGAUCGGUGGCAGUUAUCGAUGUGAAUAACGACAUUAAACCAGAUAUUAUUGUUGCAAACCAGAAUUCGAACACCGUCGGUGUUCUUCUCAACGCAGGCAAUGGCACCUUUCUGAAUCAAACUACUUAUUCAGUUGACUCUAACCCAUGCUCUGUAGUAGUCAUCGAUGUGAACAACGAUGAUAAACACGAUAUUGUUGUUGCAAACCGUGGUUCGAACGACGUCAGCGUUCUUUUACAUUGUUAA